AUGUAUAAAUCCACGACGUGUUUGAAACGACACGUUUUCCUAGCAUCUUCCUGUAAUAUUCCCCGUUUUUCUACAAAUCGAGUGGUUAAAAUGCUAGGAUUGCUUUUACUGUUUGCCUGGCUUUGUGAAGUUCAGGGAGGACCUGUGAAGACACAGAACACCUCUGAAGUCCAGGUUGAUGAAGGCUAUCAUAGACAUUCUCGUCAAAGUGAAACAUCUCUGGAUUCUGAGGAAAGUUAUGCCAUUGUAGAAGAGGAUAUCAUACUGACAAGGGACCGGAACGCAGGGAAUCAGCUGUGGCCUGAGAAGAAUGGACAAGUUUCAGUGCCUUACAGUAUUGCCUCUGGUCUCCGCCAGGAGUACAUUUUAGCAGCCUUAAAGAUGAUCUCUAAGAAGACCUGCGUCAAGUUUCAUCAACGUACGACUGAGGAGGAUUAUCUGCAGUUUAAGCCCGACAGUAUGUGUGCGUCUCUUGUAGGCUGUAGCGGCGGUGAGCAGCCAAUUCUGGUCGGGCCAAAGUGUAACGCUGGGAACAUCUGUCACGAAAUCCUGCAUUCGCUCGGCCUGUACCACGAGCACUCGCGUCCUGACCGCGACAAGUACAUCACCAUAAUGUACGAUAACAUCAUGCCUGGUAAAGAGUCCAAUUUUAAGGUGAAGAAGGGGAACACGCUUGGUCUGGAGUAUGACCUGGAAUCAAUCUUGCAUUAUGGAGAUGACUGUUUUUCUCGUAAUGGAAAUCCCACAAUAAUCCCCAAGAAGAAAGGUGUGAAGAUCGGCCAGAGGACUCACAUGAGCGUCCUGGAUGUGGAACGGCUCCGCAGGCUUUACCACUGCGACGACUGAAAACAUCAGGAUAAAGUAACAUCACAAUUCCUCCAACCUCUAAUCUGCUCAGUUUGGACGGAAACUUGUUUAACCACAUACAAAGCUCAUUUUAUGGACAAAUAAAUGUAAAAACAACAACUUACGGCUUAAUGUGAAUAUGUCAGUAAGUACUGCUCGCUUGUUUUAUAUGGAUUAAUUUACAAGUCCUCCAGUUCUGGGUUUUGUCCAGUAGGUGGUAGUCACUGCACGCUUCAUAUUAUGGCUUUGCAUCUUCAUCUUGGUAGUGAAAUCUCCAGAAGAAAAGGAGAAAAUAGACACUAAUAUGUACUAUUCACUUCAUUUAAGGUGUUUUCUAUGGCAGAUUGCAGUGUUUAUUACUUCACCAUACAGUAUGUGCUCAUCACAGUCUCUACUAUCAU